AUGCUCAUGGCCAAGAGCUGCCAUGACAUUGAUUACCUGCAGUUUCUCAUGCAAAAGGACGUGCGCGCCGUAAGCUCGUUUGGCUCGCUCUACCAUUUUCGACCGGAAAACAAACCGCCGGGUGCGACCGACCGGUGUCUGGACUGCCCAGUGGAAGCGAGCUGUGUCUACUCGGCCAAGAAGAUGUACCUCGACGGACCAUCGCAUGUCGCUGUGAACCCCGUUGAGAUUGAGCAUUGCGAUGGUUCACGGUCGCGAACUGUCCCAAGCUCUGGCGCGUGGUACGCUGGCCAGCGAUCCGCCACUGUGGGCCACAGCACCUGGCCGCUCACAGUCCUCCAUGAGCAACCGACGGUGGCCAACAUCACGCAUGAGCUAGAGAUCGGGCGCUUUGGCCGCUGCGUCUACGCCGGUGACAACGACGUCGUCGACAACCAAGUCGUCAACUUUCAGUUUGUCGAUGGCGCAACCGCGUCCUUUAGCAUGGUGGCGUUCACCGAGGCGAUGUGUGUCCGCACCACGCGCGUCUUUGGCACCCACGGCGAGCUCACGGGCAACGGGUCGACGAUCCGCCAAUUCGAUUUUCUCACCCGCAAGAUCACCGAGAUUACGCCGGCGAGCGGCCCGUCGACAUCGCGUCUCUCGGGCCACGGCGGCGCUGACUUUUUUAUGAUUGCGAAUUUUGUGCAAGGCGUGCGCACGAACGACGCGAGCGUCCUACUGACGGGCGCCGACGAGAGCUUGGCGUCGCAUCUCAUGGUCUUUGCUGCCGAAGAAGCGCGCUUGACGGAUUCGGUCGUGCACAUGGCUAGUUCGUAGGCAGAACCAAUAUAUUGUCUCGAGGACUAUCUUUUGUCUCUGG